AUGAGCGCUACGCCAAGAGCCCGCGCUACCGGGCAAACACUUGCCAAGCUCCUUCGACCUGCCGCUGCUGAAGCACCAGCACUUCGACCGGCACUUGCGCGAGCUAUGGGCACCUCCGCUUCUUCUGCUUUCUACUCGACUCGCACUGCCCGUCAGACCCUGCCACCGCUAUCAACUCAGCCACGCUUACCACAUCGCAGCAUGGCCACCAUCGCUCGAUCCGAUGCCUUCGCCAACAUCACCGCCGCAGAUGUCGAGGCAUUCGCCAAGAUUCUCCCCUCGCCUUCUCAGAUCCUCACCACAAUUGCACCCGAGUCCCGUGCAGCCUCAUACCAGGCCGUUGACCCGGACGAGCUUGAUAUGUUCAACAAUGACUGGAUGAACAAGUACCACGGCAAGUCACAGCUCGUGCUCAAACCCAAGACAACAAAGGAGGUUUCUGAGAUCAUCAAGUACUGCCACAGCAAGAACAUCGCUGUCGUUCCCCAGGGUGGUAACACCGGCUUGGUAGGAGGUGGGGUGCCUGUGUUCGACGAGGUUGUCAUUCAACUCGGCGGUCUAAACCAGAUUCGUUCUUUCGACCAGGUGGCUGGCACGCUCGUCUGCGAUGCAGGCUGCAUUCUUGAGGCUCUUGACAACCACAUCGCCGAAAAGGGAUAUAUGAUGCCGCUUGAUCUCGGUGCCAAGGGUUCUUGCCACAUUGGUGGCAACGUUGCGACCAACGCAGGUGGUCUUCGCUUCCUCAGAUACGGUAGCUUGCACGGUAACGUUCUUGGUCUCGAAGUGGUUCUUCCCGACGGCACUAUCAUGGACAACCUCUCUACACUUCGCAAGGAUAACACUGGUUUCGACCUCAAGCAGCUCUUCAUCGGUUCUGAAGGUACCAUCGGUCUCAUCACUGGCGUUUCUAUCGUCACACCACGCCGACCUUUGGCUAUGAACGUUGCUGUCUUCGCCCUCGACUCCUAUGAGGCAGUCCAGCAAGUCUUCGGCCAAGUCAAGAAGCACUGCGGUGAGAUUCUCUCUGCGUUUGAAUUCUUCGACCAGACCUCCUUCGACGUUGUCCAGAAGCAUGCUACAGCUCACGUACGUGACCCUUUCGAAGCUCGCCAUCCCUUCUACGUCCUCAUCGAGACCAGCGGUUCAAACAAAGACCACGACGACGAGAAGCUUCAAUUUCUCCUCGAGCAUCUCAUGGAAGAAGGCAUGAUCCAAGACGGAGUUCUCGCGCAGGAUGAGACUCAACUCCAAGGUCUCUGGGCUCUCCGUGAAAGCAUCCCCGAAGCAGCAGGAAAGAUGGGUAAAGUGUUCAAGUACGAUCUUUCGAUGCCUAUUAACAAGAUGUACGAGCUUGUGCUGGACAUGCGCAAGAGGCUCGACGAACACGGUGUUCACGGUGAAGGCAAGGAUGUAGGCGCCGUUUGCGGAUACGGUCACAUUGGUGAUGGAAACUUGCAUAUCAACAUUGUGGCCAAGUCAUACGAUGGGAAGAUCGAGAAGAUCAUCGAGCCUUUUAUCUACGAGUGGACUUCGGAUGUUAAGGGCAGUGUCAGUGCAGAACACGGAUUGGGACUGAUGAAGGCGACAAAGAUCGGUUACAGCAAGACACCGGAAAGCAUCGAGUACAUGAAGAAGAUCAAGGAUUUGUUCGAUCCCAAGGGUAUUUUGAAUCCUUAUAAGUACAUUCAGGUGUAA